CCCAAGAAGUUUGCAGCUGGAGGAAAACCCAUAAAAGUAUGGAACCUAUGUAAGUGGAUUAGGUAUUGAAAACUGGUUCAGGAUGAGCGGAGAGGACAAGCCGAACCUGCUGCGAGUACUCAUUAAUUGUGCGGAGAAGGCGGCCAACAUUGCCAGGACAUGUCGCUCCAACGAGGAGCUCCUGGGUCUUCUGGUCCAAGAAAAAAGCGGGGCGGAGGCCAAUGAGCGAUUCGAGCACGACUUCAAGACCUUGGCAGAUGUCCUAAUCCAAGAGACAAUCAAGCAUGAAGUGGGUGCUUUGUUUCCCGACAUGAAGGACAACAUCCUGGGCGAGGAGUCGCCCAGUUUCACCAACAAACUUGGCGAAAGCGUUACUAUUGCCGUUGGAGAAACUGAGGAGGAAACCGCCCACUGCCUGGGCAGUGUACUCAGCGGACACGAUGGAGCGGCCGGGGCGUUGGCUGGUGAAGUCCACCGCGUGGUUAGCUUUGAGAACAAAAAGCUGGGAGAAGUUCCCGAACUGCCGGAGGAACUGGAUUACGCCAACCUAGGCAUCUGGAUCGAUCCCAUCGAUGCCACCGCUGAGUACAUUUCUGGAGACACCAUGUUUACCGAUUUUCCGGGCAUCACGUCCACAGGAUUGGACUGCGUCACCGUGCUGAUUGGUGUCUACGAACGGGAUACCGGAAUUCCUGUCAUUGGAGUUGUGGCCCAACCGUUUGGCGAGAAGGUGGAGGAGAACAUGUACAACUCUUCCAUGUUUUGGGGCGUCUGUCUUUCCACAUUGCAGGCCCACAACUGUGAGUUCGAGGCGCGUGACGAAGGUCGCCGGUUGGGAAUAUUUUCCAGUUCGGAGAACUCCGACAUCCUCCAAAGAUUUCUCGAACUGGGAUAUGAGUUCGCGUUCUCGGCUGGAGCUGGUCAUAAGGCUUUAAAAGUGAUUACUCACGAGGUGGAUGUUUAUCUGCUAAGCAAGGGAUCCACAUUUAUGUGGGACACAUGCGCUCCUCAGGCGAUUCUACGGGCUCUUGGCGGUGACAUCCUUGAUUUUAAGGCCAGUGUUGCGGAGCAGAAGGCCACCUCGUUGACAUAUUUAUCGGAGGAGGCCGAAUCCAACACAGAUUGGAAACGAAAUGCAGGUGGCAUCAUCGCUGUUCGCGAUGUAAGCGUCGUGGAGGAACUCAUCGCCAAGCUGGCGGAGCAAUAAAUGUUGCUGUCUAGUCUCAUAGCUGUUGUAAUUAAUUUUAUAUAUCUAUUAAUGUUGGAGAGAAUAAGAGCGCCUGGAUAGACAUGUUAAGAGUACAAAAGAUGUUCUUCCAGAAUUUAGGGCAAAACAAUUUAUUUCUCUCUGACGCGUCAAAUA